CGCGCCAGGCGCAGCGCCCGGUCGGGCUCCGUCGGGCGACCGCGGCCAUGACGCAGGGUCCGGGCGGGCGCGCGCCCCCGGCGCCCCCCGCACCCCCCGAGCCCGAGGCGCCCACCACCUUCUGCGCGCUGCUGCCCCGAAUGCCGCAGUGGAAGUUCGCGGCCCCGAGCGGCUUCCUGGGCCGCGGCCCGGCGGCGGCGCGGGCGGCUGGGGCCUCGGGGGGCGCGGACCCCCAGUCUGAGCCGGCGGGCCCGGGGGGCGUCCCGGCGCUGGCGGCCGCUGUCCUGGGCGCCUGCGAGCCCCGCUGCGCGGCGCCCUGUCCCCUGCCCGCGCUCAGCCGCUGUCGGGGCGCGGGGGCGCGGGGGCCGCGGGGCGCGCGGGGGGCGGCCGGGUCCGGGGAUGCCGCCGCCGCCGCCGCCGCCGCCGCCGAGUGGAUCCGGAAGGGCAGCUUCAUCCACAAGCCCGCGCACGGCUGGCUACACCCCGACGCCAGGGUCCUGGGGCCUGGGGUCUCCUACGUCGUGCGGUACAUGGGCUGCAUCGAGCGUCCGCCGCUCAUGCUGCUCCCGGACUUUAACAACAUCAGCGACAGCGAUGGUGACGCAGGUGCAGCCUCCAACCCGGCCCUGGGCCGCGGUGGGCUGUUGAGUGCGCUGGAGGGACGAUGCCCAGGCGAGGGGACCCUCGUGGGAGAGGUACAACACGGAGUAGGGGGCAGCGUGGAGUUGGGGGACAGGAAGAUCCUCCAGGGCUGGCCCCUGCAACCCCCUCCCGGGUCCCGGGAGCUCCAGCCCCGCUCCCGCCCACUGGAUGCCCGCAGCCAAUGGCCGCGCCGCCUGAUGAGGUGCAUCUUCUACUCCAUCGCCGCUGUUUCCUUUGCCUAUUUUUAA